AUGGAGCUAAAGAGCUCUAGGGACGUGCCGCAAUGGGCCGAGGAGCUAAUCAGAGGCCACGCGAUUACCGUCUUUGCAAAGACGCCCUGCCCUUUCUGCCGAAUAGCAAUUGAAGCCCUCACGAGCCUAAACGUCAGUGACAUGCACGUGGAGGAAAUAGAUAAAAGUCACUACUGCGACGCGAUUCAGGACUUCUUGGAGGAGAAGACAGGCGCCCGAUCUGUCCCGCGAGUAUUUAUUGCUGGGAAGUUCUUUGGCGGGGGUGACGAUACAGUCGCUGGCGUGAGAAGCGGCGCCGUCCAACGACUGCUUGGAAUAUGA